AUGGCGAAAUGGGCAGUCGAGCUAAGUGAGUAUGACAUCGAAUACCGCUCCCGUCCAAGCUUGAAGUUGCAAGUCCUGGCCGACUUCAUCACCGAGCUAUCUCCUGACCUCGACAACCCCAAUAGGGAAGAGCAUUGGACAAUGUUCGUCGAUGGUUCGUUGACGAAUGAAGGAUCCAGAGUGGGACUCAUUCUCCGGUCCCCCACCGGUGAAGUUCUCGAGCAAGCAUUAAAACUCAACUUCGGAGCAUCAAAUAACGAAACGGAGUACGAGGCCGUCCUUGCGGGUCUUCGGUUAGCACGAGGACUCGGAGUGACACAUUUGCAAGUCUUCUGUGACUCCCAGCUUGUAGUCAGCCAAUUCAGUGGAGAGUUCGACGCCAAAAAUAAGCGAAUGUGGGCGUAUCGGCAGUUGGUCCGAGCACUGUCCAGGGAAUUCACGUCUUUUUCUCUGACGAAGGUCCCACGAAACGAAAACGCGUCAGCCGACGCCCUCGCAGCCCUGGCAAACAGCUCCGACCCUGAUUUAAGGCGCACCAUCCCGAUCGAAUGCAACGACGCUCCCAGCAUCGACCCCGACAAUCAUAUAGCAGUAAUCAACGACGAUUCAGUUUUGAUGGAGGUCAACGAACCAGUAGAAGAUCUGACGGACGUCACGAAGCCUCCGGACGACUGGCAAAUUGAGAUCAAACUCUAUAUCUCCGACGGCGUCGUCCCACCAGACAGAUGGGCAGCCCGAUGCUUAAUGGCUCGAAGUGCCAGAUACAUCCUCUUGGACGGGGAAUUAUUCCGCCGAAGCGCAUCUGGAGUUUUCCUCACCUGCGUCACUCGGGACGAGGCCGAGCGAAUCAUGAUGGAGGUGCACGAAGGCGAAGGUGGCAACCAUUCUGGCGGACGCGCACUCGCCCUCAAAAUAAAAAAGGAUGGACACUAUUGGCCGACCAUGAUAGCCGACUACGAAGCCUUCGCGGCAAAGUGCGAAGCCUGUCAGCGCCACGGACCAAUGCGGCAAAUCCCGCCCGAACUGCUAAACACCGUGACAGCUCCAUAUCCUUUCAUGCGCUGGGCCAUGGACACUAUAGGUCCUCUUCCGGCGUCAAAAUCCAAGAAAUACGUCCUGGUGCUGACCGAUCUUUUCACCAAAUGGGUCGAAGCGGAGUCCUUCACAAGGAUCCAAUCCUUGGACGUAACCAAUUUCAUAUGGAAGAGCAUCAUAUGUCGGCACGGACUUCCAUACGAGAUUGUCACCGAUAACGGCACACAAUUCACCUCGAUGAUCACCAGACGUUUCCUGACGAAGUGGCAAGUUGAGGCCACUAAUAAGUCGAUCAUCGACGGACUAAAAGGGGGCGUGGGCAGACCACCUUGA